AUGCACAGACAGCUGCCGUCGGCGGUGAAGGGUAGCAGAACUCGGGGCGUCAGCCGGUUUUCGGCCCGAGCUUUCGGUGCACGUGUUUACCCCGCAUCCGGCAUCUCGGAGUCUCGGUCACAUACUUACCCUCAGCAACCACUGGGGAGAGCGACGGGUAUUGCUGUUAUUCAGUUCACCAUGACUACUCCAAUCGUCGACUCGACGGCUGUUUUCAAGCCUGACAUCUUCAAGGGCAAAGUUCUAUUCUGUACCGGCGGUGGCUCGGGCAUCUGUCGCGUGAUGACUGAGUCUAUCAUGCGCCACGGCGCGAACGCCACCAUUGUUGGGCGCAAGAUUGACCGCCUCACAAAGGCCGCCCAAGAGCUCUCCGAUGCUACCGGGCAGAAGUGCAUCCCUGCACAAGCUGACGUUCGCCAGCCGAAGACACUCCAGGACGCUGUCAAGAAGACGAUCGAAGAGUUCGGCAGAAUCGAUUUCGUCAUUUGCGGCGCUGCUGGCAAUUUCCUGGCUCCGAUAUCAGGCUUGUCAGAAAAUGCUUUCCGGACCGUGAUCGAGAUUGACACACUGGGAACCUAUCACACGAUCAAGGCGACUCUCGCGCACGUCCGCGCCUCCAAGGGGUCUUAUAUCCAUGUAAGCGCGACCCUACACUGGCGUGGGACCCCGUACCAAGUGCACGUCUCCGCGGCGAAGGCUGCCGUCGAUGCGACGUCUGCGGUUCUCGCUGUCGAAGAGGGUCCUUUUGGAGUCCGCUCAAAUGUUAUCGCACCUGGUCCAAUCGCCGGUACGGAGGGUAUGGAGCGAUUGGCCGCGAUAGGUGAUGAUGGCAAGAAGUCCCAGCUCGCGUGGGGAACGGCCCUGGGACGCAUGGGUGACUCUCGCGACAUCGCUAACACGGCCGUAUUCCUGUUCAGCGACGCCGCGAGCUUUGUCACUGGGCAAGUCAUAGCCGUAGACGGGGCCAGCGAGUCAAUACGUGGUCUCACGCUCCCGUACCCUCAGAGUGUACUGGACCCGGCCUCGGUGAAGAAGUAUAUCACCCCCAGGCUCUGA